CCAACCACCUGCUCGCGCGCAAGCAGUUCGUGCUCGAGGUCAUCCACCCUGGCCGCGCCAACGUCUCCCAAGGCGGAGCUGAAGGAGAGGUUGUCCAAGGUGUACGAGGUCAAGGACCACAACUGCAUCUUCGUCUUCAAGUUCCGCACCCACUUCGGAGGCGGCAAGUCCUCCGGAUUCGGUCUCAUCUACGACAACCUUGAAGCCGCCAAGAAGUUCGAGCCCAAGUACAGCCUCAUCAGGGUAGAGAAGUCACGCAAGCAGAUCAAGGAAAGGAAGAAUAGAACAAAGAAGAUCCGUGGUGUGAAGGCCGGAGAUGCCAAGAAGAAAUAAGCACAUUUCUGUGUUCCAUCUUUUCACCAUCAGCCUUUGCUUGGUUUGGGACGGUAUCCCUGGGGCAAUGUUGUUGAGUGCUUAAUUAUGACUAGAAAAGACUUUGCCAUUUAUGUCAUCUCCUGGUAUGUUAAGAGGCAUUUUGUAGUAUCUUAUGCUAAGAUUUUGAGGAAGUUGUCGGACUAUCAUAUUAUACCUGUUGUCGUUGCUCUUG